UAACCUGUCUUAAUAUGUUUUAGAUCCAGUGGAUUCUCCUGUUCUGAACUGGAAUGCCACCACGAUCAGUGUGAACUCCUGUAUUGUGGACGUCACAUGUAGUGGUCAUGUCCUUAAACUCAGCACCAGCUACCAGAGCAACAACUGCAGUCAAGUGCAAGUGACAUCUUUUGAAAUGCAGACUCUAACUCUGCACUGUAUAGAAAACAUAAUUGUUUGUAACUAUAGUAACCCAGUCAGCUGGAAGAAUGACACCAUAGAGAUUAACCCCAUUUGUGCACCUCAUGAGCACACCUCAACACAGAAUCCCAAAGAAAAUGACAGGACUUUUCCUCUUCAUUGGCUGUUGAUCAUCGCUGUUGCUCCACUGUUGGUUUUUGCAGCAGUUUCUGUAAUAUGCUGCUCUAACAAGAGGAGUAAAAAAGGUGUCCAAGAAGAGGAUCAUACAAUAUAUGCACAAGUUCAACCAAAGAAUAAAGAGCAAAGACCCCUGGAGACGUUGGAGGGAUCAACAAAUCCUCAAACUGUCUAUGGGUUUACAGAAGAUCACAAACAAACUCAAAAUACCAGUCAGAACAUGCCCAAUCCUGAGGCGCAAACAGAAAACCAGCCCAGCACCACCUACAGUACAAUAGGACAACACCAAAAAUCAUCAUUACCCACUAAAACAGACCAUACAAUUUAUUCAACAGUGUGUAAAUCCUCACAUGGGAGACAACCAGGUCUUUCAUAGCUGAGGAGGAAUAUAUGUAAAAAUGUCACUGCAACCAGUAGAUGCUGUUUUUGUCAAUACUUUGUCAAGCAUGGCCGCCACACCAGAGCCUCCAGUCGUCAAGGCCGCCACACCAGAGCCUGAACACAACAGAGUCGUGUGUAUGUUCUUCAUAAACUCUUCAUUAAGUUUUCAGGUCUUUUAUUUUGAAGUUUAGUCAUGGUUUCCUGUCAUGUGCUUCCCGUGUGUCUUGUUCUAAUUUGUUCUUUUGGUCAUGUGUAACAUUCUCAUUGGUUCACUGUUUGAUUGCUCACAGGUGUUUCUUGUUAGCCAUUAGUUUGUUAUAUAGCCCCACUGAUACCAUUGUCUCUUGUAUAGGUUUGCAUAGUUUGUUUCAUGAACAAGUCUCUGUUUAUCUUGUAUUUUUUCAUGUUUUUGGAUUUAAAUAAACUGCCAUUGGGUUCACUUCAA